CAGGCGCGCACCGGACUGACGUUUGAAUCCCGGAAGUCGCUGCUUGCUUCCAGUCUCCCGUUAGCUUCCAGUCUCCCCACGAUGGCGAAGGCUCAGAAGUUCCACGACCUGGAGGAGAUGGGCGAGACGCUGCUGGAGUACAUCAGCAGCUCCCAGUCUGACCGGCUGAAGCGGCUGAAGUCCGGACCUCAGGCCUUGUUCGACCAGCACCUGGCGACUAAAAAGAUCGUGACGCAGAUUUUAACAGAAGAGGCUCAGAUCGAGGAGAGUGUGAGUCAGAGGCUGCUGGACAUGGAGGAGGAGAAGCAGCAAAGAGACCAGGAGCUGCAGAAUCUGGAGGAGCAGCUGAGGCAGUGCAUCGCCAAGAGCCAGAUCACCGACUCGGAAUUGCAGUUUCUGAAGGGAGAGCUGGAGAGCGUGAGAAGCACCGAGCACCAGCUGGAGACUCUUCAGAGCGAAGUGGACGAGGACACCACAGAGGUCAUCCCCUCAGCAGUGUAUGUGGCUCAGGUUUACUACCAUAUAACCAAGAUCAAGUGGGAAUACGACGCUCCACCCAACACGCUAAAAGGAGUUCACUACGGUGCCGACCUGGCAACUCCCGUCAACAUCGACACCUCCGUGCAGAGUCGCAGUAACGUGAGCGAUCGGCUCUGGGACUUCGUCAGCACCAAGUGGUAGACGGAGGAGGGUUGUGUAGUCGAGCCCGUUGUGUAUAUUUAUGUGUUUGUUGUAUUCUUAUCUUCACCGUAACAUGUAUAUGGUUUUAAAAGAUUAAAUCCUUCUGAUAAAUGG